GCAGCGUCGCGGCGCUCGGUCCACCUGGAAAACGUGUGCGUCGCGAAAUCGAGCUCGCUUCUUGGAAUGUAGCGGAAUUUGGGGCGAAAAGUGAGGAGAAGAGUGCGCGUUUUCCGUGUGCGAGAGGAAACUUUUGCGGACUUUCGGUGCCACGAUUAGGUCCUCCAGGUGACUUUUAGGGUGCUGACGUCAGUAACGACGACUGCAAACCUUGGCACCACAAUAAAGCAGCGAACUUUCAUUUAAGGAUGCAUAAGGGUGGGGGGAUGGUUGCUGAAUAAUUCACAAGAUUGAUCAUGAAAAUGGUGAAUUUUCCUAUAAAGUCGACCGUAAUGCUUUUCCUUUGUGGGGUGUUUGUCACUUCGAAGGCAUCAGAAGGCGCUAAGUCGCUGACGACGAACGUGACGAUGACCUACCUAGCGUCAGCCGAGGUGUCAGUGAGGGCCGAGCCGACAGCCGUGGCCCGCCUUUGGACCAACGCACCCAGCACCACGGUGGCCCUCAACACCCACUCAGCCGCCCCCACAGCUUCAACUUCGACAACUGCUGCCCGCCCCACGACCAUCGCCACCGAACCUGUCCGCCACAGUUUGGGCCGCGGUUUCCCCGUACCGCAUUACCACUUACCAGAUUCUCGCUGGGGACCUUUUUUCGAAGAAGGGUCCGAACCGCAUAACAUUACAGCGAGGGUUGGUUCUACGGUUAUGAUCGACUGUCGCAUCGGACUCUUGCAAAAUAAAACGGUGACAUGGCUUCAUCACAAAGGAGACUCCAUACAUCUUCUUACGGUAGGCCGAAGUGCUUACAGCAGAGACGAGCGCAUCACGCUCAGCUUUCGAUACCCCAACAACUUUCGAUUACAAAUUGUCUACAUCACACGAAGGGACGAAGGUCUCUACGAAUGCCAGGUCGCCACACAUCCUCCUAAAGUCAAAAGGAUAUUUCUCAAAGUUACAGCUCCGGAAUUACGAAUAGUGGACGAAUCUGGCCGAGAGGUGACUGAGCGCUAUUACAAAGCAGGCAGCGCCCUCGAGUUGACAUGUCUGGCGGCACAAGUAGGAGGGGGCUCUGACAACCCCCCUAUCACCUGGAGACACGGAGACCGCACGCUCUCUAAGGGUAUCAGUUCUAACCUAUCUACGACGACGGAUUCGGCUAUUUCAACUUUGACGGUGGGACCUCUUGAAACGCGCCAUUCGGGGAACUACACGUGCGCCGUGGGAGCCCUGGCAUUUGCGACCGUAGCUGUACACGUUCUUAACGGUGAGCUUCCGGCGGCUGUCCACCACGGCAAUGCAGCCCCUUCGGGACUAAUCUCUCCCACGUUGAUACUCCUAUUGGCUGGAUGGUUAUUGGCGUACCAGAGGUGACCCCCGUUUCCUUAUUGGUGCAACACUUUUAAUUAAACCACAGUGCAGGUGAUUCAAGGGGUGACCCAUUGACCCGUACAAUAACUGUAUACCUAAUUAUACUAUCAUAUCAAGGUGCCGCGAUGGACCAACUUACUGUAACUGUUACCUCAUGGGAGUAGUCAGCUUGUGUCGGUUUCAGUCGGUGAUACUUUACAGCCAAAUUUCACUUAAGUAAUUAUUUCCGUACUCGAAUUCGGGACACAAGUAAUAACGAUUUUACUUAACAUUCCAACGUUUCGUGUGUUUGAUCUCGGUAUUGCUCUACUGCGAAUACCGAGCCACCGGGUAACCUUUUAGUCAACCGUAAAUAAACUAAUUCGUUUUCCACAUAGUUACGUUGCGCAUAAACUGAUGUCUUUUUUCACCCGAUUCUAUGUUGAUUUCUAAAAGGUUACCCUUCUACCUUCCUAGUAAACUAUUAUGUGGAUGACUUUUGAACCAGUGGAUGUUGUAAUCACAAAACUUACAUUAAUCUAUGAAAUACCUAUUUAUAUAAAUACAUAUACAAUAUAUUCGACUUAAUCAAACCAAAGACAGUGAGAAGCUUACGAACAUUUGCGCGAGCUAGUGCUUAAAAAUAUGUAUUGAACAACAAAAUCAUGUGAUAAAGUAACUUACUGUGUGUAUUUUAAUUACAAAA